GCUCCCUGCUCAAAAUCCGAGGAGAGUAGGGUUUCAGAUCUCUCGCCCUUCUCCUCUAUUCUCUCUUAAUUAAACCCUACGGGCAUCGAAAAAGGAGCGAUCUUUUUUCUGGAAGAAAGAGAGAAAUGGACAAGGGCUUGCUCGGAGACCUGGACAAUCUCCCAGAGGAGGACAAGGCUCGCAUGUCCACCAUGAUCGAGCAACUCCAGAUCCGCGACAGCUUGAGAAUGUACAAUACACUGGUAGAGAGAUGCUUCACCGAUUGCAUAGAUUCGUUUAAGCGCAAGUCACUUGACAAACAAGAAGAAACAUGCGUUCGCCGAUGUGCUGAGAAGUUCUUGAAGCACUCAAUGAGGGUUGGGAUGAGAUUCGCCGAACUUAACCAGGGGGCCGCUACUUCUGACUAAUUUUCUAGGCAAUCCAAUGGUUCCUGUUGCUUGUUGCUUCGGA